UACUGUCAGUACCAUUAUCACACAAGCUGUAAUUUUUAUCUUGUUCUAAACUAAAUUAACUCGAAUCUCUCUAUCAGUGUUGGGUUUCAGCUAAAUAAUAAGCCAAAGAGGUCAGCUCAGCGACUUAAAGCCAUGCCAUACAUCAGUUCAGACGGCCAGGUUGGCAAGAGGCCCUUCAGCUUCUAUGGCAUCUUUUGGGCCAUCAUCAACUUCUUUUAUUUGUUUUACAUGACUCUGAUCAACGCCGAUUACAACAAGCACAGGGAGAAGUACACGCGCGAGUACAGGAGCCCGGGCAGCGGGCCUCCACGCCCGCCGUCCCGUCGUUUCGGGGGCUUCAACUCCGGCUCGGGGCCCGCGCCGCCACCAGCCGGGGGCUGCGGCUGCGGCUAGCGGAGCCCUAACACCAACCGAUACAUGCUUAACGACUUGACGCCUAAUUGUAACUGUAACCUUAGUGAUAUGGACUGUUCUGAAGUCGAUGUACCAUGCUUUAGAAAUGAAACACAUAUUGAGUUUAUAUCUAGACCUAACGUUUCUAGCUAUCAAUACAUAAUAGAUCAACCUCCUAAAUCUCAUAACAUACAAGAACUAAUUUUUGACGAUAUAUGUAAUAGUUCACUUUCGGAGUUGAGGAGGAGAUUAACCGGUAUUAUUACCGAUGGGUCUCUUGAAUGCUAUUGUUAUCGUUCGCGACCGUUACGACGACAACAAAGUUUUGACUCUCGACAUUUGUAAUUAUUAAUUGUGACAUUAUCUAUGAAAAGGGACCUUAUUGUUAAUUGCUUACGCCAUUAUUAACGAUGCUCCGUCAUAAAUACAAUCCAUCGACAAUAAGGUCCCUUUUCAUAGAUAAUGCCUCAAUUACCCAUCUAAGGCCCAAGAUACACUUGUAAGCUUUACUUACGUGAGUAUGGACACGGCCAGGGGUGCAAACUCCUGCCUUCGGGCAAACUCGGCUCCGUUCGGCUCAGCAUUGCUCCGAGCAAUUAUUAGGGUUGACACAACUUGUUGUCCCUUUGCGUGCACGACCACAUAUACCCUGAAUAGCCGAAAGGGCAGCAUGAUGACCCUGAACCACUGUCAAACUUCGGUUUUGUAGGAAGUUUCUUUUCUGUACGGUAGUACUAUUAUUUUUUCUGUGACACCGCUAUACUUCAGAGUGAGAGAUGAAUAUUGUUAUCUCAUCUAACAAAUAGCUUUGUCUCUACUUACGUAAGUAAAACUUACAAGUGCAUUUCAAGCUUAAAUAUCGGUACCAUCCAGGGAUGGGCAAAUUUUAUUCGAAUGACGAAUAACGAAUGAAAAUAACAAAAUGUAUCGCGACUGACGAAUAAAAAUGUCGGAUGAUUAUUCUUAUUCGAAUAAAUUAUUCGUCGAAUAAUUCACCCGCGAAUGUCCCGCGCAGCUCCAAUUAAGUUCAAGUAAUGACGUAUCUGAACUUAAAUGGAGCUGGGUUCACAUGUUGCCAGGCAGAGUUAUGGCAGGUGGGCCAAAAUGUUAACCAAAACAAUGAAAACCGCAAAGUUUUGGACAUACUGGUGUAAAACUUACCUACUGUCAUGGUUUUCGUUAUAUUGAAUUUAAGUAUAGAAAUUUAGAAUUAUGUAAGUGUAAAUACGUUUUAAUGUUCUGAUAUAUGUAUAAAUUUCCGAUUACCUAUAUAAACAAUUGUAACUAAAUUCGCACUUAUUUAUUUAAAGAAAUCAAAAUAAGCUUACAUAUACUAAAAUUAUUUGACAAUCUUAUUUAAAAUAAACUAAUAUUUCCAUACUUACAUUCCGAACCCAGUAGGGUUAGGUAUAAAAAAUGUACCUACAUAUGCUGCUAAGUAUCGCCAUAUUGUCAAUACUUUGAAAAAGUUGAAAGGCAGUAUAGACGUAGUGCAUAAUUAUUUUCCAUCGUAUUUUCACGGAAACUUUCGAACGUGUCUUGCUAUUCCAGUCAGUCUCGGCACAAAAAGUACUGUAAUGGCUCCUCUACACGAUGGACCAACGCCGGCCAAUCCAAGGGAAGCAUUUAUGCGUUAGAGCGAGCAAGUGAUAUUGCUAUCGAAUUCUACCGCAUUGCUGCGUUGGCCUAUCAUGUAGAGGAGCCAUAAUAAUUGACCGAAGUAGCGUGACAAAUACGAACGUGUCCGAGGAAAUACGACGGAAAACAAUGAUGCACCACAUCUUUUUUAACAUUUUUCUUUGCUUGACAGAACAAGAUACGUGUUUGUUUCAAAGUAGUGCCGUUAUGUUCAAUUCAAUUCAAUUCAAUAUCUUUAAUGUCAAAAAACACAUGUCAUAUAUACAAUAGGUACACAAUACAAUUAAAAAUACAUAAUCCACACAAAUUAAAAAGGAAUAUAUACAAAUGACAGAGUACAUAAUUUAUACAAUGUCAAAAAUAGUGGUAAGUGUAUACAAAUGUCAAUAAACCUAACAAAAAAUUAAAAAAUACAAAUGACAAAAAAUAUUACUAUACUCAUUUUACAUUAAAUUUACAAUAAAAUUCUUUUACCGUGAAAAAAGCCUGGUCAGUCAAAAACUCUUUUAACUUUUUAACAAAUAGCUCAUAAGAAGCCGCCUCUUUUAUUUCACGGCUCAGGCUGUUAUAAAUUUUAAUACCAACUACCCCCAGCGAGUUGGAUGAUUUUACGAGCCUGACAAGGACAGAUUUAAUGUCGCGAUCAGUUUGCCUUUGAUCAGGUCGACGCAUAACAAAAUCACUCUUGUGCUUAAACAUAUAUUUUGCUACCUCAAAAAUGUAUAAGCAGGGCACUGUUAGAAUUUUUAAUUCCCGGAAAUACUCUUUUGUUGGAGUGAAUGGCGGCACCCCAGCCAACAUUCUAACAGCCCUCUUCUGCAGUAUGAAAACUCUAUCCCUGUCGGCUGCCAGCCCCCAAAGGUCAAUACCGUACACAAGGACUGAGUUCACAUACGCGUAAUAUGCCAUACGGAGGUUCUCACGUGAAAGUGCAGGAGCAAGCCGAGACAGCGCAAACGACGCUUUGGCAAGUCUACCAGUAAGUGAAUCGAUAUGUUUAUCCCAUUUUAAGCCGCAAUCAAAUUCAAACCCUAGAAACCGCACGUUCUGCAUCUGUGGAAGCGUAAUAUUAUUUAUUGUUAUGUCAAGGGGCGUGGGAUACGGUCCUCUUAGCCAGAAAUGCAUUAUUGAUGUCUUAUUAAGGUUAAUCAAAAAACCAUUUACUUGGAACCAACAUGUCAAUUUUAAUAAUGUAUUCAAAACGUUCCCCCUUAGCUCCUCAAAAGAAUCACCGGUAACAAUGGCACAUCCAUCAUCAGCAAACAUUAUAAAAUUACCAUCCUGAAACAAACUAAUGAGGUCAUUAACCAUCACCAAGAAAAGGAAAUUACCAACCGCUGAACCCUGAGGGACAGAACAGUCAUGUAGUGUCCUCAUCUCAGACUUAGUAGCCCCCCCAUCAACCGACACUACCUGUUCCCUAUCCUUCAAAAAAGAUUUAAUAAAAUUUAACAGACUACCUUGUACACCAUAUCCUUGCAACUUAUGUAUUAAUAAUUUGUGAUCAACCAAAUCAAACGCACGGGACAAGUCACAAAAAACUGCUGCAACCAUUUUCUUUUGGUCAAUAUACUGGAGGACACGCUGAUUUACCGCACGAGCAGCAUCUACCGUAGACCUGCCGUGGCGGUACGCAUACUGGUGAUCAUGAAGUAACUUGUUUCCUUCAAAGUAUUCCAUUAACCUAUUACAAAGGCCUAGCUCAGCUACUUUCGAUAGUGCCGGUACUAAUGAUAUUGGACGGAAGUUUUUUAUUUCUUCUUUCAAUCCCUUGCCCUUAUAAACGGGACUAACCUUAACUAUCUUUAACGAGCUAGGAUAUACACCAAUGAUGGCACACUGAUUUAGCAGGGCACAAAAAAUGUCUAUGACAUUAUUAGGGAGUCUCUUUAUAAGGUCCGCAGAAAUAUCAUAAAAAUCUGUCGAAUGUUUCGAUUUUAUUGCUUUGAAUAGUUUCUUAACUUCUGAAAUUGUAAAUAGGAAAGUAUCAAUUUUAGACACUACCAAUUUUGUAGCCUCAUUUAAAAAUUGGAGUGCUUUCUCUAAAUCUAUUUGCCUACAUUCUGAUUUAUUUAAGUCGAUGUAAUAAUCAUUAAUUUUAUCAGCCAGUUGUUUGUGACCACAACAAGAUCCAGUAUUUGCUACUAAUAGAACUUCCAUUGGAUCAGGCUUACUUUGUUUUUUACACGUUUCAAUGUUUAUAAUGCGCCAUAACAUUUUAUUUUAUUAUGUAGGUAUUAUAGGCUCUCACUAUAUUUGCUUUCAACUAUUUCCUCCUUUAAAUAUUAUACCAUUAUAGAUCUUAUAUUUAAAUCUUAAGUGUAUGCUGAUAAAAUAAAAAUAAUCCAAAUUAAA